UUGGCAAAUGGCGGAGGCGCUGAGGCGGGUGCUGAACGCGGGCCGCGCGGCCGGGCCCGGGGGCGACGGAGCUGCCGGGCCGCCACUGCUGCUGCUAGGCGCUCCGCGGUCCGCGCAGACGUCGCUGCUGUUUGCGGCGGCCCUGGAGGCGGCGGGGGAAGGCCGCGGGCCUGUGCUCUUCCUGACACGAAGGCCGCUUCAGAGCCUGCCGCUCAACACACCCGCGGCGCGGGACCACUGGCGGCUGCAGAAGGUUCGAUUCCAGUACCCAUCCUCAGUUCCAGAGCUUCUCCAGCUGCUAGCCUCUGCCCACGAGGCCCCAGGGCCUGUGCCAUCCCUUCUGCUGCUGGACGGCCUGGAAGAAUACCUAGCAGAGGAUUCGGGGGCCCAGGAGGCCGCCUACGUGGCUGCAUUGCUUCUGGAUACUGCUGCCUACUUCAGCCGCCGCCUGGGAGCCAGUGGUAGCUGUGGGCUUGUGGUGGCCCUUGAGACCCCCAAAGAAGGAGACGGUGAUGCCCCACAUCUGACAUUGCUUCAGCGGUAUUUUCCUGCACAGUGCUGGCUGCAGCCGGAUGCCCUCGGCUUGGGACGGCAGCACUGCCUGCGAGCCAGCCUGGAGUCGGGCCAGCUGAGCCCCAGGAUGGAGUGGUCAGUGACCUUCUUACCCAAUGGAGAGAUGACAGUCACCACCUGGCCUACACAGCCUUCUAAGCCCGGCCCAGAUAAAAAAGGUCCAAGUGCUGGAAGCCAGUCAUUAACUUUGGUGUGCGACAACCUCUCUGGUCCUCAGUGUUCCUUGGAUAGCAUACUUACUUCAGGGACAGGCGCAGAUUCAAAGACCUGAAAAGUGUAGUUUUUUUUCUUUGUAAACUAGCGUUGUUGGGGGCUGGCAAGGUGACUCAGUAGUUAAGGGGUCUUGCCAACAAGCAUGAUGUCCUGGCUUUGAUUCCCGGGAUCCACCUGGUAGAAAUCUAGACCUGACUCUUGCAAGUUGUCCUCUGACCUCCACGUUUGGGUAGAGGCACACACAUGCCCUCCAUGCUAAUAAUAAUAAAUAAUAAAACCUUUAAAAUAAAUAAA